CGACCUUUUUUUGCGCGUAUUUAAAGGAAGGGCAAGGUCACACUUCUUCCCUGUGUCAAGAGCUGUUCUUCUCUCCUCCCCUCCCCCUCGCUUAGAUUUUUUCUCUCUCCCUUUCUCUGACCCCCUCGUGUUUGGUGCAGUUGGAGUGGAAGCAGGUCAGAAGGUCACAGAAUUAGGAAGAAAAAAUGGUGAAGGUCUGCUGCAUUGGAGCUGGCUAUGUUGGUGGGCCGACCAUGGCCGUCAUUGCCCUCAAGUGCCCAACCAUUGAGGUAGUUGUUGUUGAUAUCUCUGUCACCCGCAUCAAUGCAUGGAAUAGCGAUCAGCUUCCAAUUUACGAGCCAGGCCUCGAGGAUGUGGUCAAGCAGUGCCGCGGAAGGAACCUCUUCUUCAGCACUGACGUUGAGAAGCAUGUCUAUGAGGCUGACAUCAUCUUUGUCUCAGUGAACACUCCUACCAAAACCCGCGGCCUCGGGGCAGGGAAGGCUGCUGACCUCACCUACUGGGAAAGUGCUGCCCGCAUGAUUGCCGAUGUCUCCAAGUCCGACAAGAUUGUGGUCGAGAAAUCCACGGUCCCAGUCAAGACUGCUGAGGCCAUCGAGAAGAUUCUAACCCACAACAGCAAAGGAAUCAACUACCAGAUCCUCUCCAACCCAGAGUUCCUUGCAGAGGGUACAGCAAUCCAGGACUUGCUCAAUCCUGAUCGGGUACUUAUUGGCGGCCGGGAGACUCCGGGGGGCCAGAAGGCUGUUCAGGCACUAAAAGAUGUUUAUGCCCAUUGGGUGCCUGAGGAUCGGAUUAUAACGACCAACCUGUGGUCCGCAGAGCUGUCGAAGCUUGCAGCAAAUGCCUUCUUGGCACAAAGGAUCUCCUCUGUCAAUGCCAUUUCCGCACUCUGCGAGGCCACCGGGGCGAAUGUGUCAGAGGUGGCCUAUUCUGUGGGGAAGGACUCAAGGAUUGGUCCUAAAUUCUUAAAUGCCAGUGUAGGGUUCGGAGGCUCCUGCUUCCAAAAGGACAUCCUUAAUCUGGUCUACAUCUGUGAGUGCAAUGGUCUGCCUGAGGUGGCUGACUACUGGAAGCAGGUCAUCAAGAUCAAUGACUACCAGAAGAGCCGGUUUGUGAACCGGGUUGUGUCCUCCAUGUUCAAUACCGUAUCCGGCAAGAAGAUUGCUGUGCUCGGGUUUGCAUUCAAGAAAGACACCGGCGACACAAGGGAGACUCCUGCAAUUGAUGUCUGCAAGGGUCUCUUGGGGGACAAGGCCACAAUUAGCAUCUAUGAUCCACAGGUGACUGAGGACCAGAUCCAACGCGACCUCGCAAUGAACAAGUUCGACUGGGACCACCCAAUCCACCUGCAGCCGAUGAGUCCGACGGCGGUGAAGCAGCAGGUGUCUGUGACAUGGGAUGCUUAUGAGGCCACCAAGGGAGCACAUGGCGUCUGCAUUCUGACUGAGUGGGAUGAGUUUAAGUCUCUAGACUAUCAGCGGAUCCACGAGAACAUGCAGAAGCCAGCUUUUGUAUUUGAUGGGCGCAAUGUGGUCGAUCCAGAGAAGCUUAGGGAGAUUGGAUUCAUUGUGUACUCGAUUGGGAAGCCACUGGAUCCAUGGCUCAAGGAUUUGCCUGCUGUUGCCUGAUGGAGGACUGCUGCAGAUAGGCAGAGGAAGUAGUGAGAUCCGAUGGAACCCAGUUGGUGCAUGCAGUGUCAGUUCAUACUGAUGAUUGUUUACAGUUCGGCCGAGUUGGUAUUUUUUAUGGUUUUUAUUGUUUUCUGGGUUAUAAUUAACUAGAAUAUGGCGGGGAUUUUCAUGUUUAUCUGCUGCUUUACUCUUAAUUAUACUUAAUGUGCAUUUUUCUCUUGUUACAUUUGAGGAAUUCUGAGUUGAAACUUCAUCUAUUAGUAUACAUCUUUCCUGCCUCUUAUGAAAUUAU